CACAGGGGUCGACCAGGCCCUGCAUGGAAUAUCUACAUGGUCGUGCACAACAUUGGCUAGGCACUAGAUCCGGGAGGGCCCGUGCGUUGCAGGGUACCUAAAGUCGGACUUUGAAGGCACAGGGUGGUUCAACAAAACUGCGUCGCGUUGAGAUGAACCGCCCCCCAUUUCUUUCCCUCCCAUCCACAACCCAACUCUUGCUCAAAUUACAUUCUUAAACGAUGUCUGACAACGAGGGACCCACUAAGAAGGGUGGCUAUCGUGUAGAGUACGCGUCGUCCGGUCGUGCAAAAUGCAAGGGUCCCAAGCCUUGUGCAGGAACUGAUAUCCCGAAGGGCUCACUGCGCCUGGGUUCCCUCGUCGAGAUCAGGGGUAUGCCCAACUAUUCGUGGCGCCACUGGGGAUGUACCACAUCGAAGCUUAUAUCCAACAUGAAAGAACGACUCGACGGCGAUGUCGAAGAAUUGGACGGUUUUGACGAGCUGAGAGACGAAGACAAGGACCGCCUUCGCCGUGCCUUUGAAGAAGGCAAAGUCGCUGAUGCAGAUGUACCGCCUAGUGCAGGCAAGCCUGCUGCAGGCGACACUACGGAAGGUGAGAAGCCCAAGAAGAAGCGUGCCCCUGCAAAGAAGAAGACCGAGGCCGAGGAAGGCGAUGAGGAGAAGCCUAAGAAAGCACCGGCGAGGAGGCCUCGCACCAAAUUUCCCGAGGCAGUAAAUGGUGCCCCUGCGGAAAAGAAGGCUGCCACAAAGAAGAGGGUAACGAAGAAGAAGGAUGAGUCUGAAGAAUCGGGGGAGGACUUUGCAGAAGAGAUUGCGGAGCGCCCAACAACGUCAAAGCCUGCUUCGUCCUCGAAGAAGCAAAAGACUACGUCAUCACGAGCGAAGAAAGAUUGAGUACAUAUGAUAUCCGUGUAUGUCUAUGAACACGUUUUUUCUUCCUUUCGGCUUGGCCACUACGUCGCUACUUUUGUAACUUUGUUUGUGUCGUUCCACGCUAGUAUUUACGUUGCCCGAAUUACAUCAUAGUCUGUCCACGAUACAG